AUGUCGUUGAGAAAUCCACUUGCAAACAGCGCAGCCUCCCAGAAGAAUGCCUUGAUUGGGGGCGCGGUGGGAUUUGGCAUCUUUGCCAUCUUGAUGGCGAGAAUAUAUCCCCAACAUAACAGAUUCAGGGCGCUUUUCGAGAAUAGCGAUGACUAUUUCAGACAGGAGCAUCCUAGGAAACUAAAGAGAAGCGAAAAGGAUUAUUAA